AUGGGAGAAAAUCAGGGACUCGAGAAGGCAAUUGAAAAAUUGGCUGAGCUCCUAACAGCCAAGGUAGGAGCUGCAGCAUCUCCAAAUAAUGCAAUUGUUCCUCACAUUGAGCCAAUUCAGAAAAUUGACUUGAUGCCAAAUGAAGUUAAGCUGGAAGGUGUUAAGAAUUAUUUGAUCUGGUCAAGAAGGGCGCUACUCAUCUUGAGGACUAAAGGGCUUGAGGGCUUUGUUAGUGGUGAGGCAGAGGAGCCAGGAGACACGAAAACUGCAGAAUGGAGGACAUGGAGCAGUACCAACUCUUUGAUAGUGGCAUGGUUGUUGAACUCCUUGUCUCCAAACAUUGCUGCAACUGUUGAGACUAUCUCAACUGCUUCUGAGGUAUGGAAAACCCUCUCAAAACUGUACUCAGGUGAAGGGAAUGUGAUGUUAAUAGCUGAAACAGAGGAGAGAGUUGGUGAACUCAGACAAGGGGAAAAUUCUAUGAUGGAGUAUGUUGCUGAACUGCAGCAUUUGUGGGCUGAUUUAGAUCACUAUGAUCCUCUGGAUUUGCUACAUGCAGAUUGCAUAGCAGCUGCUAGAAAAUGGAUUGAACGCAGGCGAGUGAUGCAGUUUCUCAAAGGAUUGAACUCUGAAUUUGAGGCGAGACGUGCUACUUUAUUUCAUCAACCUACUCUACCUACCUUAGAGGAUGCCAUAGCAGCAAUGGCACAAGAGGAGGUCCGAUUAAAGUUGAUGAAGAACAAUACAACGACUCCAUCUCAUCCAGCCUUCAUAGCAACCGACUAUAAGAGCAGAGAGUGCUUCAACUGCAUUGAGAAGGGUCAUUUGAUUCGUUCUUGCACGGCUCCACGUAGGAACAUGCGUGGAAGGGGGAGAGGAUAUAACCGAGUUGGAUUAAGGGGAGGCUGA